GACGUUCUUCUAUCCACCCGGAAGAGAGAACGUAAACAAAAAUAGUUGAGGAAAAAGUAACCAGACACUCAUUUCCUCGUCUGGUGAUAUUACGAAGAAUGUGCUAGUCGUCGGUUUUAUGAACGUUGUAAUCUACUUGCACUGACUGACUUUGUGUUACACUUAAUCCGACAAACUCCGUGGUCGAUGACAGGCUUCGUAUAGAUAUUUCGUCAGCUAGCAACUAGCUAACGUUAGCUUAUCGGCUAAUCUCGCUGCGCUCACAGUUUGGAGGUAAAGAAGCUACCGAUGCCUCAGGAGGGAGAUCAGUCUCUUCCCCUGGUUCGCUCCCUGAACAGCCUGAUUCAAAUCGAUGUUGUGUUCUGUAACCACACUGCCCGUGUGGUGCGACCCCUGUGGCUAGAUUACCGCGGGGAGCCUCAGCCCUACGACGACCUGCAGCCAGCCACGGGACGGAGACUGUACACAUUCGUCGGUCACCCGUGGAUGUUCAGAGAUGCAGACACGGAUGAGCUGAUGAAGGUGAACGGCAGAGAGCUGUUCCUCCCUAAACCAGCAGAGGGCGGAGAUGCUACAUUUGUUAAUAUCACUCUACCAGUUUACAGCCUCAAAGAUCGUGCUCUUCAGGUGAUUCGGCGUCUUGUGCGACCUGAAGACUACAGGAGGUUGGAGAUUGCACGUUGUCUUCAUGAAGAGCUGGAAGAUCUGCCCAGUGCGCUGAAAGAUCUGCGCCGCAUGAACCAGCGAGUCGAGCAGCAUCUAUUGGAGAGGAUCCCAGGCCAAGAGGAAUGAUACAUGAUACUGGAUGGACACUUUUGGGAAAGGCAAGAUAAAACCAAAUUAGGAUACAAUAUAUCGGGAUUCUUGGAUGAGUCAGGAGCUGUUGCGAAGAUGUUUUCUCAUUUCAAAUUAGACUUAGUUUGAUCUGCUGCCUGUUUGUCACCUUCACACACUGGCUUCAGCAAAUGUCUUCUUCAACAGAAAAAAAAAUUGUGUGUAGCCUUUUCCUUUCAGUAAGUGGAGGUUUUAUAGAAUGUGAUGACAGCUUCCUCUGUGGAAUAGUAUUGUGUCCUUUUAAAAUGUUAUCUAAGGAUUUCAAUGUUUAUUCCUAAAAGGCCACUAAUGGAAUGGGGAAAUGUUAGCCAUUGAUGCCUAUUCGAAAAUUCCUAUUCGAUCAUUUGCACAAGACAAGAGUAUUUUUUUUUGUCGUGGAGUCAGUGUUAUAUUUAAUGUCUGUCCUAGAUCUCACAAAUUAUUAAGGCAGUAGUAUCAUAAAGGAAUUUCAGGGAGAUGCCUCUGCACACGUAAAGUCCACCCACACCAGUGUUUUUCUGAUUAGACCUCUUCUCAGGACAAUGUGUGUGUGGACAAACUGGUCUGAUCGACAGUCCCUCUCCCCUUUUCAUUUUGUUGCAUCAGUUUGACUUGUUAUCAUUCUUAUUGGUACUUGGAGUUUUGCAAGAUCAUAAAUUCCCACUCAUUAUCAACCUGACCAGAUCUAAUUAGCCAGAUAAUUUAUAAUGAACAGAGGCUUUUAUAUUCAAAUUGGAGAUGUCUGUUCAUGUCAGCUUACUGCAAUACUCCCCUCAAAAACUGUCAUACCUUUGUUGUUUCGUUUGCAAUCAUGAAUUAUUUUAGUUCUAGCAAUUUAAAUCAGGGAAAAUAUGGAGUGAGUGAAUGGGCAGAGUCUCAAAGAUUAUGUCUUGCAGCUCAUACUCUAUGUGGAAAGAAAAAUUUAAAUUGUCUCCAUAGUUUUUAGGAUUAGGCCUUAAAACAUUGUGAUCAAGUAAAGAAGCUUAUAUUUAUGUCUUUGCCUAUUUUUUAUUUCUGUUCUUCUAUUGUUCUUCUGUGGACCCUUUUUAACAAAAAUCCAUAACUACUGUAUCUCAAAGACCUAUAUUGUUUAUUUGUGAAUAAAUGACAGAUAUUUUUCAUACUGGUUUAAA